AUGGAGGAGCCGCGUCUAAGCACGCCGCAGCAGCCCGGCCCAUCGGCCCCCAACCCGGGCGCAACACGGAAGAAGUCACGCAGAGGUGCCGAUCCUUCGGGCCAGAAGCGGCGAUGCGUCAGCACAGCCUGUAUCGCCUGUCGGAAACGCAAGUCCAAGUGUGACGGAGCUGUUCCUAGUUGCGCAGCUUGCUCCAGCGUUUACGGUACCGAGUGUGUCUAUGAUCCCAACUCGGAUCAUCGGCGCAAAGGCGUCUACCGUGAAAAGGUCGACAGCAUGAAAGCUCGAAACUCGACUUUGCAGAUUCUUAUCGAAGCUAUCCUGAACGCGGAGGAGGAAGAAGUUCCCGAAAUUGUCCACAAGAUCCGAACCUGCAAUAGUCUCGAUGCUGUUGCUGAGCAGAUUCUCAAGCAGCAACAAACACCGGAGCCACAGGAGCAAGAAAAUGAGGACAACGAUGACUUGGAUCACUCGAAUGACAACUAUACCACAGAGCCUGUGCAGGGUGAGAGGGAUCUCGCUCGGAAGAUGGGUGAGCUGAGACUUGAGAAUGGCGCCGUUCGCUUCAUUGGUGGCACAUCUCAUCUCAUUUAUCUGGGUGAUCCGAAUCAUGAAGAAUCCGAUCCAAACCCGGAACAAUUUGUAUCUGGAGAGGACCCCAUAACAUCCUGGACUCGCGUCACUCAGGACACUCAACUCAUCACUCACCUGAUCAACAUGUACUUCAACUGGCACUACCCCUACUUUACUACUCUCUCCAAGACCAUGUUCUUCCGGGAUUUCAUGAGAGGCAAGGCUGGACUGGGGAGGGGUACUGCGUAUUGCUCGUCGCUACUGGUCAACGCCAUGCUUGCCCUUGGAUGCCAUUUCACGAGCGUUGCCGGAGCCUAUGGAACACCGGGCGAUAACCGGACAAAGGGCGAUCACUUCUUUGCUGAGGCGAAGCGCUUGAUUGUCGAAAACGACGAAUAUGAGAAACCACGGUUAGUUACCGUCCAGGCCCUAGCACUUAUGUCGGUUCGGGAAGCUGGUUGCGCCCGUGAAGCAAAAGGUUGGGUAUACAGCGGUAUGAGUUUCCGUAUGGCAGAAGACAUUGGCCUGAACCUGGACGUUGGCCAGCUUGACAAGGAACGCAUGAGCGACUACGAGAUCGAUGCCAGACGAAUUACCUUCUGGGGUUGUUAUUUGUUCGACAAGUGUUGGUCAAACUAUCUUGGAAGACUCCCGCAGAUCCCCAAGAGUUCUUUCAAUGUCUCCAAGUUUGAUGUCUUUCCUGACGAGGAUGCUGAAUCGUGGUCACCUUACACCGACAGCGGGUUUGAUCAGUCAUUCAAGCAACCGUCAAGAACCCGAGCCAUCGCCCUUCAGAUGUCGAAACUUUCCGAGAUUAGCAGUGAUCUUCUCGCAUUCUUCUAUCAUCCGAGCACCAUUGGCAAGUCCAGUGGCAAAGCCGUGGAGCUCAAGAAGCUGAGCGAGUUGCAUCGCCGCUUGGAAGAAUGGAGAAAGGAACUUCCAAAGGAGUUUGAGCCCAAGGACGGCCAAUUACCAAAUGUGCUCCUUAUGCACAUGUUCUUCCAUCUUCAAUACAUUCACCUUUUCCGACCAUUUUUGAAAUACUCACCGGCGGCCUCUCCCCUCCCGCCGCACGUUUCACCUCGGCGCAUAUGCACGGCAAAUGCGGGCGCCAUCUCAAAGCUUCUCCGGUUAUAUAAGAAACUCUGGAAUCUGCGCCAGAUCUGCAACAUCGCCGUUUACAUGGUGCAUAGCGCGUGCACAAUCCACUUGCUAAAUCUCCCCGAGAAAACCGCCAGAAGAGAUAUCACACAUGGAGUGAAGCAUCUCGAAGAAAUUGCCGAAGAUUGGCUUUGUGCAAGACGAACUCUUACCAUCCUGAGCGUUCUCGCUAGAAAGUGGAACUGUGAACUUCCUGAGGACGCUGCAUUUGUGCUUCAACGAGCAGAUGAGAAGUACGGAACUUACAGCACAUCUGAUGUUCCUUCACCUCAAUCGAACAUGGCUGCUUCGCCGCUUUCGGAUGGUGGCCUGGGCCUCAAGACAGGAGGCGACUAUAGCCCCUUGACUCAGUACUCUCGAACACAACUCGCCCGGCCCAUGCAACAAAUCCAGCAGCAGCAACCACAGCGAUCUGUAACGGAUCCCAUGGCGACGAGUGCCCCACCCUCGAAUGCUGGCUUGGCUCAGCAACAAGGGGUGUCGGCAAACGGAUCCAACCUGGCUUUCUGUACCGAUUCGAUGGGUGGAUGGGGACCUGUCCCUGUAUCGACGUCGAUGCCAUCCUACCAACCAACGUUUGGAUCUGUCAACCGCAGUAGCAUACCGACUAGCAGCCCGGGUAUGUCUUCUGGCAACCAGCCAACUUCAAAUCGACCAAUGAGGAUGGACGGCCAAGAGUGGUUUUUGAAUGACAGCGCGAGGUGGCACCAAAGCUUUGAAGCCUGGCAGAUGGCCAACAGCGGGCAGGACAACUCGGUGUUUCUGUUUGGCGAUUCUACCAACCAAGAUACGCCUGCCAGCAACCCAGAGAGCAAUGCUAGCAUGCAGAACGAGGUCAACGACCAGAUGGCAGCAUUUGAUGGGCUAGGGGCGACACUAUCAGGAGGCGGGUGGCUCCCUGGUCUGGACUAA